AUUCAUAUUCAUCAGAAUAAUUCAGAUUUCACGAUGACUUGUUCUAAAUCAGUAUUAAUCAUCUUCUUCAUCCUCAUUUCUAAUUUAUCCGUUCAAGUCCUGUCGUCUGAGGUUGAGGAUUGCGGUGCAGAAGAAGAUGACGGCUGCACAAACAAGAUGAAGGCUUUACCUCUCAAAAUAAUCGCCAUCGUAACAAUCCUAAUCAGCAGCAUAAUCGGUGUCUGUUUGCCACUUUUCACCAAGUCAAUUCCGGCUCUCAGCCCUGACCGGAAUCUCUUUGUCAUCGUUAAAGCUUUUGCCUCCGGUAUUAUUUUGGCCACCGGAUUCAUGCACGUGUUGCCGGAUUCUAUGGAGAUGCUGUCAUCCCCAUGUUUAAAAGAAAACCCGUGGCACAAAUUCCCCUUCACCGGAUUCGUGGCUAUGCUCUCAGCAAUUGUGACUCUCAUGAUCGACUCUAUGGCCACAAGCCUCUACUCUAAGAAACACAAUUCUGGAGUUGUGAAGCCCGAUUCCAGCAGGAAACCCGAGGAGCUGGCGGUGGUGGAAGCUGGUGGUGGUGGUCAUUCUCAUUUCCACGGCCACCACCACGGAGCCAAGUUGGAAGUCCAGGGUGCCCAACUUCUCCGUUACCGAGUUAUUGCCAUGGUUUUGGAGCUGGGAAUCAUAGUACACUCAAUAGUGAUUGGGUUGUCCCUCGGUGCCUCUAACAACACAUGCUCGAUUAAAGGACUUAUCGUUGCACUAUGCUUCCAUCAAAUGUUUGAAGGAAUGGGACUUGGUGGUUGCAUUCUCCAGGCAGAGUAUAAGUUCAUAAAGAAGGCAGCAAUGGCAUUCUUCUUCCACUACAAGAAAAUCGUGACAACUCCAUUUGGAAUAGCAUUGGGAUUAGCAUUGGCCAGCUCUUACAAGGAGAACAACCCUCGAUCAUUGAUCACCGUUGGAUUGCUUAACGCAUCAUCUGCAGGGUUGUUGAUCUACAUGGCUUUGGUUGAUCUAUUGGCUGCUGAUUUUAUGGGGCCAAAAUUACAGGGAAGUAUUAAACUCCAAAUCAAGUCUUACAUAGCCGUUCUUUUGGGUGCCGGUGCGAUGUCACUCAUGGCUAAAUGGGCUUGAUCGAUAUCUAUAUAUAUUAUGUUAAUGCGAUUUUCUUUUUCUUUUUCUUUUUUUGUUUUGGAACUAAGAAAACACA